CCAGCUCAGCACUCCAGCAACUCAGUCUCUCUUUUUUGACAUUUUUGUCUAUCCACGCUCUUGCUAGCACCCCACAUUCCUUCUUGGACCCGUCAGGUAUCACACUCCUUCAAAAAUGCUUACCUCGACCUUCAUCAUGGCCCUUGCUGGCCUGUCCGCUCUCACUGAGGCCGCCCCUCUUCAGGCCCGCGCUACAGCCAAACGUGGUAUUGCCUUUCCCAAGCAGCACAAUGGCGUUGCCGGCUCCCAGUGGGCUCGCAUGAUGGCCCAGUCCUCCAAGAUCUCCUGGAUGUAUGACUGGGAGGCUGUGAUCGAUGGUGAAGCCCCCGACCUAGAAUACGUUCCUCUGCUCCACUCCAACCAGGAAUGGUGCGCCUCAACCUGGGUCAACAAUGUUGCCAACGCCCGCAAGAACUACAAGGUCUCCCAUAUCCUCAGCUUCAACGAGCCCGACCAAGUCGGUGGAGGCGGUUCCAACAUGGACGUUGGCACUGCCAUCGACACGCACCGCAAACUCAUCCAGCCCCUUGCCAACGAGGGCCUCCGCAUCGGCUCCCCCGCCGUGACCAACGGCAACGAGCCCGGCAAGGGCAUCAACUGGCUCAAGUCCUUCAUGGACGGCUGCACCGGCUGCAAGAUUGACUUCGUCGUCGCCCACUACUACGCCUGGGCCAAGCCCCAAGACUUCAAGGACUACCUCAACAAGUUCCACAACACCUUCAACCUGCCCGUCUGGGUCACCGAGUUUGGUGUCACCGAGGGCAACGCCGACGAGUUCCUCAAGGACGUCCUUCCCUGGCUCGACGCCCAGCCUUGGAUCGAGCGCUACGCUUACCACAUGGCUGCCCCCAGCGACGGCAACCAGUUCCUCAUCACUGCCGAUGGUGGCAGCCUCUCCGCUGCUGGCCAAGUCUACGCCUCCACUUAAACAUGAGAAAAAGUCUUUCCUUUCUCUCUCUCUCUCGCGCGAAGACAAGCAUACGCAUGCUGGCGGUUCCCCUCUUGCCCAGGACAUGCAAAUGACGAUUUUACGACCAAACCACCCAUUUCGCUUCUUGUUAGAUACCAUUUUACGAUGUUGUUCUUUUUUAGACACUCUCUUUGUGGGGUCUUGAACUCCCCCUGAAGCAAUAUCAAUCCAUUCAUCCAUCUUG